AUGGAAUCUGAAGAAGGGAUGCAUGAGAAUUUACGGCUUCAGUUUAAGGCUCUACAGGAACAGCAGCACAAGAGGUUACAAAGACAGCUGGAGAAAAAAAGGGAAAAACAUAUGAGCCUCAAAGGAGGUGGAAAUGACCCAAAGGCGACAUUUGGAAUCCAGAAUGAGCUAAACUUGCUUCGAGAGGGUGGGCAGCCAGCCAAGGAUACCUUCAGCCAAAGGUUGCUUGAAGAAGAGAUUGAACAACUCCAUGAACAACUCAGGGAAAUUGUAGAUGAAAAUGGAAGACUGUAUAAACUAGUGAAGGAAAAGGACUUUGAAAUAAAGCACCUCAAGAAGAAAAUAGAAGAAGACCGAUGGGCUUUCACAGGGACAGCUGGUUUGACCGGAGAUGUAAUCGCUACCAAGAUCGUGGAGCUGUCUAAGAAGAACCGAGACUUGACGGCUGAGACAGAAAGCGAAAAAACCAAAGUGAAACAACUGAACAACCGAGUCCGAGAUCUGGAAAGAGAACUACAGACAGCUUUGGCAAAGAUCCAGGCACAAGGAGGCCGAGAUUCAGUCACCAAGCAGUUCAACCCCAGGAUAAUAGAAGGAAUCUUGGCCGAAAAUCCAGAGGUGAAAACUUUGCAAGACAAGCUGACGUCAGCAAACUUUAAGAUCACAGAAUUUCGCAACCAGAUCCAGACCAUCAAACAGGAACUCAAAGUUGCACAAAAGGUUUUAGCAAGUGAAGUUGGGGAGGACGUCAACAUUCAGCAGCUGUUAUCAUCCCCUGGGACUUGGCGUGGUCGGGCCCAGCAGAUUCUCGUUUUGCAGAGCAAGAUUCGAGAGCUUGAGAAUCAAUUAGGUUCAAUCCGGAACCGGUCCAUUAAUAACGAGGAGGAGAUGCCAAACCACUCAGAAACAAAGAAAUUUUCAGCCCAAGAGAAAAACCUAUUAAAGAUCCGUAUCUUGGAGAAAGAAAAAAAAGAUGCAUUAGAGAGACUCACAAGUGAGCGAGAUACCCUCCAAAAAGAUCACGAAGAACUAAAGCGAAAGUGUGAUGGCAUAAAAUCCCGGAACAAAGUGUUGUCCAAUGAGAUCAAAACGCUUAAGAGCCAAAUUGCAACCCUGCUUGAGAAGGGCAAACAUGAUGAUGAGCUCAUAGAUGCCUUAAUGAGCCAGCUAAAGCAGCUGCAAGAUAUCUUAAGUAAACUCAGCCACCAGGAUGAAAGGGCCAAGGAGGCUCAGCAGAACUUGGGCCAACAGCUGACCAUGGAGGCUCAAAAAAACAGCUGUAUCAUAGCCCAGCUUCGGAGGAUGGUGGCUGAACGAGAGGCCAAGGUCCAGGAGCUGGAAGAAGAAAUUGGUCGCCUCACUCUUCAGCAUCUCCAGAACAAAGAUCUAAGUGAGGACUCCAAUUUAAUGGAUGGCAGCUCACUGUCUUCCAAGUUUAUUGAGGAGCCAAACUUUAACCUACUCAAACCGCCUGCAUCAGCUGGAGAUCACAUUGGGAGGGUUGGAGCUUCUCGGAUGGUGAGCAGCCUGGGGCACACUCUGGUGGAAUCUUCAAUCACUCAGCCCUCCCUCCCCAGCCCUAACGUGUCACCCCGAAGGUAGAUGGACUCUACAGAGCUGAAAAGGAGUCAGGGGCAGAUAAUGGAGUUCAAAACCCUUUUACAGUCUGCUGAGGUGGAAAGGGACCGGCUCUCAGAGUUUGUUGCUGUCUUGCAGAAAAGGGUUGAUGAAGGGAACAACAAACUUCUGGAGACCGACAAGAAGCUCCAGGAGGAGCGGCAUAGAUGUGUAGUUUUGGAACAGCAGCUGGAAAAAACCAAAAUGGACACAGGCAAAUCUACAGCUUCCCAGAAGUUAGCAGCACGGACCAAAGCAGGACUGCCUGCUAAUAACGUGAGACAUAACCUGAAUGUGAGUGAGAGACGGGACCUGUCCUUGAGUCAGCUCUCAGAGGUGCCACUGGAGUCGCAGGUAGAAGAGCUGACCACCAGACUUUUGAUCCAGGUCGAAGAGAACGAAGCCUUGAAAGCUGCCAUGAACAACAUCCUGAAGGUGAAGGAGGAAGACUUCAGGCUGUACCAUGAGACCAUGAGCCAAGUGAAGCAGAUCUUCCUACAGGCCCUUCGACAGCAACAAAUGGAAAAGAACUAG